AUGAGAUCUUAUUACACAUUGGAAACCUGUUCGGGGUGAGUGUGAGUGACUUCAACCUUCGUCACCAGCGUUGACUGUAACCCCUCCUCAGAACCUGUCGCGCUGACUAAACACUCAUUACACUCAUCUCUUAUCACCCAGCCCACAUUAUCAUUCAUUCCAGUCGCUUCUUCAUCGAAGACGGAAUGUCUCUCGCUUCUUCCAAAUGGGAUACGCUCGCGUUCGCCCUCUCGGCCGCCUGUCUUUCCGCCGGCAUCGUCCUUCUCGUCUCGCUUGUCACGUGGCAGAGCCAGAUCGCGCGGAUCGCCGACGAGGCAUUGGUGGAGACGCACCAAUUCCAGGAGACGUCCGAACAAAUCUGGGAUGAUUUGAUAUUUGUGGCCACCGGCGAGCACGAUCGGCAGAAACGGCAUGCCUGUAAGUUUGCCGUUUCGAUAUUGGUAGACCUCUUUUUUUCUUGCAGACUUGACCCGCGCACCAAUCCUUCCUGUGACUGGUGGAGGAUCGCAGUACGCAAACCGUGGACAGACUGUGAACCGCGCGUGCAAUUGUAAAGGACCUCAGGGACCGCCCGGAAUCGACGGAGAAGACGGAUGUGAGUUGUGGGUCGGAAAAACUACGACUUCGAAGGAUAUUGUGGCUCUUUGAAGUAGGAGAGCUCCUCAAUAUCACUUCUUCCAAAGGCUACCGCAGCCCAGAGAUUUGUUUUAGAAAAACCAAGCAUUCACGGAACAAUUUCCAGCGGGGUUGGAUCCUAAAAAUGUUGACAAUGUUCAUAGCCAACCUUUUUUCCAGACGACGGUGAGCCAGGAUCCCCAGGCGAAUCGGGCGACGACGACGCCUCCGUGCUCCGCCACGAUCCAGGCCGUUGCGCGCAAUGCCCAGCGGGUCCAAUGGGACCGCCAGGCCCACGAGGAGACUCUGGACCGCCCGGUAGAAUUGGAUCGCCCGGAAUCAACGGAAUGCCCGGCAGACCCGGAACGCCCGGAUACCCAGGAGAGCCCGGUCUUCCAGGACCAGUGGGCGAGCACGGAGAAGACGGAAAACCAGGAGCUCCCGGACAAAACGGACGGCGCGUUCGAAGACUGCCUGGACCACCGGGACCGCCGGGACCAGAAGGAGAUGCGGGCGUUGCCGGAGGCCAAGGAGGACCCGGAGUGGCCGGUGCGCCCGGAGAAUCGGGACCGCCCGGAGAGCACGGACCUGAAGGACAAAAAGGAGUGGACGGGGAGCCUGGAGGCGUCGGACUUUCGGGACCGCAAGGGGUCGACGGCGAGUAUUGUCCGUGUCCGAAACAGGCGAAGAAGAGUGUUUUUGUGUGA